AUGGCCAACACUGAAAACAGAGAACCGAAGGUUCACUCUGUUUCCUCUGUUUUUCUCUGUUUUCGAAUUUUCUAUGUGACAGUUCUGUUGAACUGUAACCAUGUUUAUGGACAAACAUCAUCUGUUUUUGCCUGUGAUGUUGCCAAGAAUGCGAAUUUAUCAAGCUAUGGAUUCUGCGACAAGUCAUUGUCGGUGGAAGAUAGGGUUUCAGACUUGGUGAAGAGAUUGACACUGCAAGAGAAAAUAGGGAACCUUGGAAACUCUGCUGUUGAAGUUAGCAGACUUGGGAUACCAAAGUAUGAAUGGUGGUCUGAAGCUCUUCAUGGAGUUUCUAACAUUGGUCCUGGUACACGUUUUUCAAGUUUGGUUCCAGGUGCUACUAGUUUUCCUAUGCCUAUUCUUACUGCAGCUUCUUUCAAUACUACCCUCUUUCAAGCCAUUGGAAGUGUGGUUUCAACUGAAGCAAGAGCAAUGUACAAUGUAGGGUUGGCUGGUUUGACAUAUUGGUCACCAAACAUAAACAUAUUCAGAGAUCCGAGAUGGGGAAGGGGACAAGAAACACCAGGGGAAGAUCCUUUGUUAAGUGGCAAAUAUGCCGCAGGAUAUGUGAAAGGUCUUCAACAAACCGAUGAUGGAGACUCCGACAAGCUUAAGGUUGCUGCUUGUUGCAAACAUUAUACAGCUUAUGAUGUUGAUAAUUGGAAAGGUGUUCAGCGUUAUACGUUCAACGCUGUGGUGAGUCAACAAGAUUUGGAUGACACAUUCCAACCUCCAUUUAAGAGUUGCGUGAUCGAUGGGAAUGUAGCUAGUGUCAUGUGUUCUUACAAUCAAGUUAAUGGAAAACCAACUUGUGCAGACCCUGAUCUUCUUAAGGGAGUUAUCAGAGGAAAAUGGAAAUUAAAUGGAUAUAUAGUUUCUGAUUGUGACUCGGUGGAAGUGCUUUUCAAAGAUCAGCACUAUACCAAAACUCCCGAAGAAGCUGCAGCCAAAACCAUACUGUCAGGUUUAGAUUUGGACUGUGGAAGUUAUCUUAGCCAAUAUACUGGAGGGGCGGUAAAGCAAGGGCUUGUUGAUGAAGCGUCCAUUAACAAUGCUGUCUCGAACAAUUUUGCGACAUUGAUGCGUCUUGGUUUCUUUGAUGGUGAUCCAAGCAAGCAUGCUUAUGGAAAUCUUGGUCCAAAGGAUGUGUGCACUCCAGAGAACCAGGAGCUAGCUCGCGAAGCUGCAAGACAAGGGAUUGUGUUGCUUAAAAAUAGUCCAGGAUCAUUGCCUCUAAAUUCCAAAUCCAUUAAAUCUUUGGCAGUUAUAGGACCUAAUGCUAAUGCUACAAGGGUCAUGAUUGGGAACUAUGAAGGAAUCCCUUGCAAAUAUACAUCACCCUUGCAAGGCCUAACGGCCGUAGUUUCUACAACUUACGCUCCUGGAUGUCCCGAUGUGCAAUGCGCGAAUGCCCAGAUAGACGAUGCUGCGAAGAUUGCAGCCUCUGCAGAUGUGACCGUUAUUAUUGUAGGUGCAAAUCUAGCUAUAGAGGCGGAAAGUCUCGACAGAGUUAACAUUCUACUUCCAGGUCAGCAACAACAGCUAGUUAGUGAAGUUGCGAACGUAUCCAAGGGGCCCGUGAUUCUUGUCAUAAUGUCUGGAGGAGGCAUGGAUGUUUCCUUUGCCAAAACUAAUGAUAAAAUCACAAGCAUUUUGUGGGUUGGCUACCCUGGCGAAGCUGGUGGAGCUGCCAUAGCCGAUGUCAUUUUCGGUUCGUUCAAUCCAAGUGGAAGGCUACCGAUGACAUGGUAUCCGCAAUCAUAUGUAGAAAAGGUACCAAUGACGAACAUGAACAUGAGGGCCGAUCCUGCUACCGGUUACCCUGGAAGAACUUACAGAUUUUAUAAAGGAGAAACCGUUUUCUCAUUCGGAGAUGGAAUGAGCUUCGGCACGGUCGAACACAAAAUAGUAAAAGCACCUCAGUUGGUGUCAGUUCCUCUCGCUGAGGAUCACGAAUGCCGUUCCUUACAAUGCAAGUCACUUGAUAUUGCCAACGAGCAUUGUCAAAACAUGGCAUUUGAUAUCCACCUUAGUGUCAAAAACACGGCGAAAAUGAGUAGUAGCCAUACAGUUUUGUUAUUCUUUACACCUCCGGAUGUGCACAAUGCGCCUCAGAAACACUUGUUAGGUUUCGAGAAAGUUGAAUUGCCUGGAAAAUCAGAAGGAAUGGUAAAGUUCAAGGUAGAUGUUUGCAAUGAUUUGAGUGUGGUUGAUGAACUUGGAAACAGAAAAGUUCCAUUGGGAGAACACAUGCUUCAUGUUGGAAACUUGAAGUAUCCAUUGAGUGUGAGGAUUUGA